CGCUCACAACUCACUAUGACCAAAAUAGAAGAAAUUGGAGGCUAUUGAAAUGAAAGCAGUGAUUCUCUUACAGUCUCUAUCUCCUCUCAGAGUCCUUAGUACUCUGCCUUUCGAGAGAACUGAAAAAUAGUAGUGGAAUAGAUUGCGAAGAUCAGAUCUAGAUCCGGGCUACUUAGAACUCCUACUUCGUGAAGCAGUUUCAUCUUAAAUCCUUCUUUAUGAUCACUGCUUAAAUUCUUGUGGGUUGAUCACUACUUAGACCAGCAGCCAUGUCCCGAAGGCCAGUAAAUCCCUCCAGACGCACUGCAGACAGUGGCAGUAUUCCAUUUGUGAACUCAUUGCAUCAGAAAUCACGCUCUUCACCUUUGCUAUCAAUUGGGCUCGUCCUUGUGGGCGCCUUCCUUCUUAUUGGCUAUUCUUAUAGUGGCUCAGGUGGACUUGGUGGAGGUAGAGAAGCUCUUAUCAAGGCUGAAAGUGAUAUUUCAUCCACGUCAGAAGUUCAGCGAGCCUUACCUUUUCUGAAGAAAGCAUAUGGUGAAGCCAUGCGUAAAGUUUUGCAUGUAGGCCCUGAAACUUGUUCAGUGGUCUCUAAAUUGAUAAAAGAAGAGGAUACUGAAGCCUGGGGUGUGGAACCAUAUGACAUAGAAGAUGCUGAUUCUACCUGCAAGAGUCUUGUGCGCAAGGGCAUUGUGCGUGUGGCCGAUAUCAAGUUUCCUCUCCCUUACAAGGCAAAGUCCUUCUCACUGGUUAUUGUGUCAGAUGCUUUGGAUUACUUGUCUCCAAAAUACCUCAACAGGACACUUCCAGAAUUGGCAAGGGUAUCCAUGGAUGGUCUUGUUAUAUUUACCGGCUAUCCAGGUCAGCAGAGAGUCAAAGUUGCCGAGCUAUCCAAGUUUGGAAGGCCUGCCAAGUUUCGGAGCUCUUCUUGGUGGAUACGGUAUUUUGUUCAAACAGGCUUGGAAGAAAAUGAAGCGGCCACCAAGAAAUUUGAGCAGGGUGCAGCCAAGAGAUCAUACAAGCCAAGCUGUCAAGUUUUCCAUCUCAACGCAUACCAUUGAGAGCAUGAUGUCUUGGAUGUUCAUGGAGAUUCUCAGCACAAUUAAGGCGAGAGUGUCUUCGACUCUCAUCUGAAAUAUAUAUUCCUAAUGGGUGAAUUAAGUUUGAUGGAUCUGAUCAGUUCUGAUCAUUUGUUGUUAUGUUGUGUUCCAAUAAUUAGUAGAUAUUUAUUGAUUAUAAUUUUAACCAGGGUGGGUUGCAUGAAUUGUAACCCAUUAGAUGUAUUUUUUGGAGGCUUAGGUUUUAUGUUCUGCACUUUGUUGUAACUGCUAGGACACUGGACAGUUUUUUUUUUUUGGGUCAAAUUUUCUGUGUUUUAAUCUUUCCAAGACAAGUCACCACUUUACCAAGAAAUACAAUGUCAAUCAAAAUUAGCUGCUUA